AUGGAACAGCAAACCUUUCGCCGCCGCGGCCUCGGUCUCCGCGGCGUCGACAAACAACAAGUCUCACCGGGCUAUGUCCUCUACUCCCCCCUAACAUCAAACACGGCUCACCUCGUCUCAACAACCGGCGAAGAAGUUCAUCGCUGGACCCUCCCCCACCGCGCGGGUCGCCACUCCCGCAUCCUACCAAACGGCACACUCGCCUACAAUGGCGUGCAUCCAGAGUCCCCCCCUCUCUUCCCCAUGUGGGCGAAAUACCGCGGCGGGAUGAUGAUGCAGCUAGACCCUGCCGGAAACAUCCUGCGCCAAUACUCUGAUCCCUACGCACACCAUGAUCAAAAUCAUCUGGACGAUGGAACGAUCCUCUACACUACGCUUGAGCCCCUCACGGCUGAAGAAGCGGCCCGCGUCAAGGGUGGGAUUGAAGGCAGCGAAGCACCUUCUGGAACUAUUUACGCGGACUGUAUUAAGCUUGUGGAUCCCUGGUCUGUCUCGAAUGUAUCGUCGUCUUCGGACUUUGACGGUUCCGGCGGGAAGGGAGGUGCUAAGUUACUCUGGUCCUGGCGUGCGAUUGACCAUCUUGAUACGAGUGACUUUGCUGCUCAUUCGCAUUAUCCACGUGAGCACUGGCCGCUGAUAAAUAGUGUUGCAUUCAACUCGUAUGGGAAUAUCAUUGCCUCGACCCGCAAUGCAUCUUCUGUUUUUGUUAUUGAGCGUGCGUCGGGUGAGGUUGUAUGGACCGUUUCUGCGCCGCAGGUAUGCCAGCAGCACUGUGCACAUCAGAUCAAUGAUGCGGGGGAUAUACUUGUUCUCGAUAACGGGGUGUUCAGACCUGGUGUCUCUGUGCCGUUCUCCAGAGCUGUGAUUAUCUCCUCGGAGAAAAAGGUGAAGUGGGAAUAUAAGGAUUUCUCGACUGGUGGAUUGGGCUUUUUCACGCCUUUUAUGGGGUCUGCUCAGCAGUUGCGGAAUGGAAAUUUUCUGAUUUGUGAGGCGGCCACUGGGCGUAUUUUUGAAGUCACAGUGGGUGGGGAUAUGGUUUGGGAGUUUGUUGUGCCGCAGUUGAAGGAUUAUAAGGGCGUUAUGAGGGAUGAAGAGCUUGAGGAGAUGGAGCGCAUUGGAUUUUCGAAUCAGAGCAAUGCGGUUUUUAGAGCUUAUAAGUAUCUUCCGGAGGAGAUUCCGUGGCUGGGAGCCUUAUUGAGCGAUGCGUAG